AGCUCUCUCUUCUCCUUGUUCGCUUCACAUUCACAUUCAUCUCCAAACCCACCUCGAUUUCUGUACCCGCCUCGUGGGCUUAGGCUAGAACUGGCGUUAUCUCAAGAACCCGACUCCGAUUCCGACUCCAGCAAUCACCGGCUGGUCCUGACCCUCUAUGACGCCUUGAGCUCCCGUGACGUGGCCACCGUCCACACCAUCGUCGCCGCCGACCUCGAGUGGUGGUUCCAUGGUCCGCCGACACACCAGUUCUUGAUGCGCAUGCUCACCGGCGAAAAAAACGACGAGUCGUUUGUCUUCCGCCCUCAGUCUGUUUGCUCCGUGGGCCCCGUCGUCCUAGUGGAGGGUUCCGACCCAGCGAAGGAGAUCUCCUGGGUGCACGCCUGGACCGUCACGGAUGGGAUAGUCACCCAGGUUAGGGAGUACUUCAACACUUCCCUCACCGUCACCCGCCUCGGUAACUCCACAACCAAAUCCAAGAUUUCCAAAUCGACGGCCGAGAUUACAUCGUACCAUUGCCCCUCCGUCUGGGAGAGCUCCAACCCGGUCGGGAAGUCGGUUCCGGGUCUGGUCCUCGCCAUCUGAAAAAGUCCUUUUUCUUCUCUGGCGCGUGGUUUUUAUUUAUCUCUUAAAUAAGUUAUUGUUAUUAUCAAUAAGUGGGGGAUUACGUGUCGGGAGCUGAGUGGCUUCUGCGGAUGGGCUGAAGCGGCUUGGGUCACGGAGAUGUAACGUCCCGUUAGAGUUUGUUUUGGUUUCGGUUUGUUGUCUUCUAGUUUGGUUUGGUUUGUUGUUUUUGUGUGUGUGCUGGUGUUGGGUGGAACCAUGGGGUCGAGGGCCUUUUGGUCAUAUCCUGACGCGUCUAUUUUAUGUUGUUCUCCGUAUGCAAUAAAAACAUGCGUUUUCGAUAAUCUCUGGAGUUCAGUUUUGAUGAUUAGCGAUAAUCGGCUGUCAUUAACCACAUCGUUACAAUCAAGGACUAAAAAAUCGGGUUUCGGGGAAAUAUCGAUGGUCCGAAAAUUGGAUAUUUCGACGGAAAUAUUGUGGAUAUAUCGAAAGUAUGAAAAUUAAUAUAUUUAUUAUGAUCUUC